AUGAUAAACAUACUGAAACAUACGGCUAGACGCGCCCCAGCGAGUGGAUCGACACCUUUUAAACUAGUCGCAAGGACUCAGGCCGAGGAGGAUGCUUACAACUACGUCGAGCACAGAGUCGUGGAAAAACCAUCGGGGGUAGUGGGAUCGGUUGCUCAUAUAGUGAAAGGCGCUUUGGGCGCGGGGGUACUCUCUGGGCACGUUGCUUACAAGACGGGCGGUGUUGUCGUCGGCAUUGUGGUGAAUCUGUUAUGCGCCAUAUAUAUGACCUACUGUCUUUACAUCUUGGUGAAGGCAGCUCAGGUGCUGUAUAGGAGAUGUAGAGUGCCAACGAUGACUUAUCCGGACGUGGGUGAGGCGGCCUGUGCCGUUUCUACUAGUCCAAAGGUUACAAAGUUUGCAAAGACCUUCAGGUACAUCAUUGACGUAUUGAUUUGUAUUGAUCUUUUCGGAUCGUGUGCUGCUUAUCAAAUCAUUAUAGCAAAGUCGAUUAAGCAGCUCGUCGAGAACGUCCCGAAGACGUCUUUCGAGGGGGCGAAUGGGCUUCCAGGCUUGCGGGUCUAUUUGGCGUGUAUGAUAGUACCGUUGAUGUUAAUUUGUUUAAUUAGGCAUUUGAAAUGGCUUGCGCCUCUAUCAAUUGUUGCCAACCUGGUUGUGUUGUUGUGUCUCUUCGUAGCGAUAUACUAUGCCUUCGAGUACAAUCCGUCCUUCACGGGCAUGGUUCCGUACACAACGCCUUACGAGAUAGUUCAAUUUAUCGGUAUGAGCGUCUUCAGUAUGUCCUGCGUAUGUGUUGUGAUACCGAUAGAGAAUAAUAUGAAGGAUCCGAAGAAAUACGGCCUUACACUGACCACCGGAAUGUUGUUAAUUUUCACGGGUGUAUCUUCUAUCUCGUUCUUCGGCUAUGCUGGCUUCUUGGAGGAAAGCGAAUCACCUAUCACUGUUAACUUUCCACUUAACACGACGGGAAAGAUACUAAAAGCAUGCAUCGCCGUCAUGAUAUACGUAACGCACGCUCUCAACUUUUGGGUGCCGUUCAACACUGUAUUUGUCUACCUGCAGAAAAGACACAACCCACAGAAGAUACUGCUGUGGGAGAUGUUUUACAGAGUUUUGUUCGUUUUUAUCAUCGCUGUGACUGCGAUCACAUUCCCAACAAUAACGGCUCUGAUCGGUUUUCUUGGCGCGUUCUGCUUAACUAACCUCGGCUUCAUAUUUCCGAAUAUCAUCCACCUGCUGGUAAUUUGGGAGAGGCCCGGUUUGGGCCCAUACAAAUGGCGCUUAUGGCUCGCGUUGGCAAUGAUUGUCGUCGGGUCCUUUCUCGGCAUCUGUGGCACGGCGGUCAGCCUGGUUGAACUGCUAAAGGUCGCAUUCAGUGCCGGUCAACGAUCUGAUCUU